UGGCGGCGGCGGCGGCGGCAGGAGCAGCAGACUCGUCCUCCCCUCUGCUUAUUUUUAUUUUUCCCAGAACAGCAAAGAGGUUUGGGGGGCUAAGGAAAGGGGGACCAGGGACAUCUCCCCACCAGGUUCUCAGGGGGAGCAUCUGGGUGCAAGAGGGAGGGAAGGGUAGAUAGUGGCACCACCCAAAAAAACACACCCCCCAGCCUCCUUUUAAGAGAUUUGGACCCCCCCCAGGUAGAGAUCCGGAAGCAGGUUUUUUGGAGACUCCCAGGCUAUACAGGUGGGGGCUCAAAGGGGUGUGUCCUAGGGCACAGGGUGGGGUUGCAAGACUAGAGAAGACACCCCCUUUCAGACAGGCGUUGAGGAGCCAUGCAGGAUCCCGCAGGUAAAUUUUGCAUAGAAAGCAGCUCAAGGUAGAUCUCCCCCCCCCCCCGCGUAGAGUCUGAGAAAGAAUCUGGAUCCGACAGGUGGGCACUCCUGAAAAGGCAAGCAGGUGCUUAGAAGCACCUGAACGGAGCUGCCGUGUGUCUCUCCCAGCGAGGAGCCCUCAGGAUCCCACCCUGGGAAGCUAAGGCGCUGCGGGGAGAUGCCCAAGCGGUCCAGGGCUGCAGAAGACCUCACAGCAUCCUGAGCCGGCGAGCUUUGUAUGUGCCUUCGGUCAGGGCCACAGUCACAACCCAGAGCCCUGGCACUCCUGUGGCUGCCCAACAGAUGCCCACCAGCCGGCCGUUAUGAUCCCAGAAGAAGAGAGCCCCUCCGGAGGGGAAGCGGAUGCCGACGGAGGGCUCCCCCUCCUGCUGCUACCCUGCGACGGGGGCAGCGUGCGGAAGGGCUGCGAUCCGUUGGUGCAGACGCAGCGCAGCAAAUUGCAGCACCGCCGGGCGCGAAUCAACCAGCAGAUCAACAAGGAGAUGAGGAUGCGGGCAGGGGCAGAGAACCUCUUCAGGGCCACCAAUAACCACAAAGUAAAGGAAACGGUUGCCUUGGAACUCAGUUACGUCAACUCCAACCUGCAGCUUCUGAAGGAGGAAUUGGAGGAGCUGAACAGCUGCAUGGAUGUCUACCAGAAUGACAGUGACUCCAUCAGUGUUCCAAUGAUCCCGCUGGGGCUCAAAGAGACCAAGGAGCUGGACUGGGCAGAACCCUUGAAGGAGAUGAUCUGGGAGCACUAUGGCGAGGACGGUGCCUUGUACGAAAGCGAGAUCAAAGACCUUGUGGAGCUGCGGCAGGCCAUGCGCACCCCCAGCCGGAACGAGGCAGGCCUGGAGCUGCUCAUGGAAUACUACAGCCAGCUGUACUUCCUGGACAACCGCUUCUUCCCUCCCAACAAGAACCUUGGAAUUUUCUUCCACUGGUAUGACUCCUUAACGGGAGUGCCUUCCCACCAGCGGGCUUUGGCCUUCGAAAAGGGGAGUGUGCUUUUCAAUAUCGGCGCCCUGCACACCCAGAUCGGCGCUCGGCAGGACCGUACCACCUUGCAAGGCGUGGACUGCGCCAUCGAGGCUUUCCAAAAGGCGUCUGGCGCCUUCAACUACCUGAAGGAGAACUUCUCCAACGCCCCCAGCCUGGACAUGAGCGCAGCCUCUCUGAACAUGCUGGUGCGCCUGAUGAUCGCUCAGGUGCAGGAGUGCAUCUUUGAGAAGGUCAUCCUGCUCGGAGCCCAGAGCGACUUCCUCGCCUGCCUGCAACUCGCCCAGGAAGCCGCCAGGGUGGAAGAGGUCUACUCCUUGGUGUAUCAGACAAUGACCCAACCCCACGUGAAGGAUUACAUCCCGUUUUCAUGGACCACGAUGGUGCAUGUCAAAUCUGAGCACUUCAAGGCUCUCUCUCACUGCUACGCUGCCAUGGCUCUUUGCGACUGCCCCGCUCCGCCUGACACGGAUCUCCCGGAGCAUGAAAAAGCUUUCCUCCAGUUCCACGUCACCCCGCCAAAGGGCCCAGACGUCCGGCUGCUCUUGCAGGACCACGAAGAGCGAAGGAAGCUGGGAAAGGCUCACCUCAGAAAGGCCAUCAUGAGGCACGAGGAAGCCAUGAGGAUCCACAGCCUGUGCAAGAUAUUGAGGAAGAUGGACAUCCUCCAGGAGGUCCUCUGCUUUGCCCACAAGCGGUCACUCGGCAAGUACUCGGAGAUCGACCAUGAGGAAGACUUCUUCGAGACAGCGGACGCCCCCAACAUCCACCCAAAAACUCACCAGAGGCCAGAAAUCAAAUCUCCCAACUUCUCCAAGGUGAAAGUCACAGACAUCUUCCACAGGCUGGGUCCGCUGUCGGUUUUCUCCGCCAAGAACAAGUGGCACCCCCCGAGGACGGUGCGCCUGGUCCGAGGCGAGAGCGGCUUUGGGUUCACCCUCCGAGGGGAUUCCCCGGUGCUCAUCGCUGGAGUCAUCGCUGGAGGCUGUGCGGCGGACGCCGGCCUGAAGGAAGGGGACUACAUCGUCUCCAUCAACGGCAAGGACUGCAAGUGGUCCAAGCAUGCAGAGGUGGUCCAGCUCCUGAAGGAGGCCGGGGACGAGGGAGCAGAUGUCGGCGUCAUCACCCUGCAGUACUCCGAAGGGCAGAGUGUGGUGGACAAGAAGCCUUCAGCGAUGGGUCCUGGCGUUGCUGGUGGUGGCGGCAGUAGUGGCCUUCUGAAGAGCAACAAGGAGAACUGCCGGAAGACCCUGAUUCAGAGCAAAGGCGCCAGCUCCAUUCUGGCAUGGGGCAAGCGAAGCAAGCGAAGCAAAAGCAGCAGCAGCAGCAGCUACAGCCUCCCUUUCUCUGCCGUGGGGGACAACGAGCUGGCCUGCUGAGUGGCUCCCACUUCCUGCCCCUGCUCCUUCACUCCGCGGGCGGGAGAAGGAGGCGCCAGGUUGCCGGCCAAGGAUGCCCACCCCACUGGCAUUUUUGGAGCAUGUAAGGCGGCUCGAGGAGGAGUCGAGGAUUCUGCUGAGGCUGGCUUCUGAAAAGCAGGGAAUUCGAACUCAGGGCUAGGAGAGGCUCAGCAUCCCUCCAAAUGCCAGGUGGCAGGGUGAGGGCUGCUGCCCGCAAGCCCCAUUUUCCUGGGGGCAUCCGGCUGGAGGCAAGAUGGUGGAGCCACAAGCAGAGCUCUUUCAAAUAACGCGCCUUCUAACCAGCCUCCAACGCCAGCAGGUUCGGAGGACCCCAAGAUGCCUGUUUGCAGCGUUCUAAUUUCCUAAUGCCCAAGGCAUUGCUUGAGUCAUAGCGGUGGGCAAGUGGCCGUUUGGGAUUUGAGCCGUGUAAGAGGAGCAUUCGUGUCCGGUCCUUGGGAAACGGUGCCCUGGCUCUUGCUCUGCCUGGCCUGGCAUUGCAAACCUCUCCGCGGCUCCUGCGUUCGGGACAAUGCAGGUUUCAACUCGCUGCUAGGAAGACCAUCAACAGAUCUAGGAGACGAGUCAUAGGAGCAAAAUGGCUGGUUUUUAGUUCCACCUGUAGCAAAGUGGCUCAGUUUAGUUCCACCUGUAGGGAAGCAACGUAAGGGAGGCAAGUGAGCAAUUAUCAAACCAUUUUUGAAAGCGAAGCAUGGAUCACAAGCCACUUGCAAAGGAGAACCGAAACCGUGGUUUGAACUGACUUUGUAAACUCUGGUUUGUGCUGUGAUUUGGUGCACGUCCUGGUUAUUAUAGGCAUUCCUCUGCAGAAGCCUUCAGGCUUGCCAAUCUUUCUGGGAUCAUGGAAGAAACAUGAGGCUAAUGGUGCGAUCGUAUACAUGUUUACUUGGAGGCAUGUUAAUAAUGGCACUUGCUCCCUGAGAAGUGUGUUUAGAUCCGCAGCCGGAGGGUCUGAGGGACGCAGUCCCUGGUUCAAAUUCUGCAGCCACCAGCUGCUUACCUAGGUGGCCUUAGACAAGCCUUUCUCUUGCCCCCAGAUCCCAACCCACAACUUGGGGAGUAAUACUUGGCCUGCCUUACAGGGCCUCUCGUAAGGAUUAUUACAGGUUUUAACACAUGUCAGGCGUUUUGGAAAUAGUCUUUGCCCGGUGACACAAAUCUCCCAUCUGCCAGGGGAUGUUGCGGUUCGGUGCUCUGUAAGUCCAGUGGUUUUUUAAAGCACUUUGGCAUAUUCCAGCAGCCACUGAGAUGGGGGCACAAGCAGGUUUUUUUUCUUUCCUGCUGCUGUACUUCUUCUGCAGUUUGCAAAUUGCUCUUGCGGCAUGGAGCAGUCUUUGUCCCACACUGCAGGCGAUGGUGAUGUCGGUGACAGAGCGAGGCAAGUCUACUACACAGCUUCCAUCUAUAAAUUUGGGGUGGGCUCCCCCUUUUGCCUGGGGUGCACGUCCUCCUGCUGUUGGCAUGGAGCAGAGGUUCCCAAUUUGGGGAUGGGCCACCUCCACCUUGGUUCUAUAAACUCACCCCGAGUGCCCCCCUACCUUAUAAAAAGCAUUAUUCAGAAUAACAGCUUGCAUCAAGUUACAGGUAGGUAGCCGUGUUGGUCUGACGUAGUCGAAACAAAAUAAAAAAAAUUCCUUCUAGUAGCACCUUAGAGACCAACUACCGUAAGGUUGUCAUUGGUAUGAGCUUUCGUGUGCCUGCACACUUCUUCAGAUAGGAUCAAGGAAGGUAAUAACACAAUAAUAAAAUUCAAAACAGUAUUGAUGAAUCAAAAUCCAAUUAAAACUAUUUAGUUCGAUUGGUUCAAGAAGAUGGAUGGACUUGAGCUGGGGGUGCCAGUUUUCCAAAGUUCGAUAGCUAUUUACACCUCCAGUGCUGCCUUGCUUCCCCCUUGCCUCUUAGUGCCCCCUAGGGAAUCCCCCUUCCCCCCCUCUCCAGGGCACCAUUGCCACACCUGUCGGGGUGCAUGUGUCCUUUUUAAAACAAAUGAAAAACAUCAAGCUGCACCCAAAUCUGGUGGAAGGAAAUAAUUAAGCUAGGAACAAAAGGCAGCUCUUCUGCCAGUAGCCAUGGUGCCAGCCUGUUUUGUCCGGAGCCCCUCUGUGUGCAGCUACUGGCAAAUAGGCAGAGAGUGUUGCGUUCAGCUUCUGCCCGAGGGCUUUCCAUGGGUAUCUCAUUGGCCACAGCAAGAGCAAGAUGCUGGACGAGAGAGGCCGCUGGCCUUAUCUAGCAAGCAGUCUCCUCUUUUUCUCUGAAGUUUGCAAGCGCAAAAUAUUCUGGUGGCCGCUUCUAUUUUCAUUUGCAGUGAUGGGAAGCCAGUGUGCUCAUCUCACCAAAAUGAACUCGGCGUUUUGCAGUUAAUAGGAAUAAGAAUCUCUAGGCCAAGUGGACUCACAAUCUGCAAUUGACAAAAUAUUUGGAAAACUCUCGCUGUUCCUAGUAGGCUUGCCCACUCUCUUCUGUUGCACUUUGGGGAGGGGGAAGGGAAGAGAACCUGCACGUUUUCUGUGUUUGCCUCCUCUGAGAUUGUUACUGGCAAGAGAAGUGCGGCUGCAGUGCAUGAGGAUUCGAAUUCAAUCCCCAGCAUCCCUAGGUAAAAGGGUCUUGAGUAGCGGGUGAUGGCUGAAGAGCUGUGGCCUUGGAGAGCCACUGCCAGUCAGAGUUGGCACACUCCUGGACCAGAGGAACAAAUAAGCCAACUGGGUGCUAUAAGGCCGCUUCCUAGCAAAGUAGGCAGCUUCAGGCCAAGGAGGAAGUGAAUGAGGGCAGCUGACCCCCUGGCCCUGGGGAAGGGGCACAGCUCAGUGGCAGAGCAGCUGCUUUGCAUGCAGGUCCCAGGUUUAAUCCUGGCGUCCCCUGGUAGGGUUGGGAGAGACUCCCUGCCUGAAAACCUAGAGAGCUAUUGAGCUGCUCAGUGUAGACCAGGCAUGUCCAACAGGUAGAUCGUAGAUCACUGGCUCCCCCCAAUGAAGCUCAACAAGUUUGGGUCCCCUAAAAAAGUUCAACACUUUUGCCCUGCAUCCCCCAAAAUGGGGCCUCUCUCCCCCUUAAAAAAAAGCUCAACAACUUUGACCUGAACCCUCCAAAAGGGGUUAGAUCACUGCCAGUUUUUAACUGUGAGUAGAUCAUAGUCUCUUGGGAGUUGGCCACCCCUGGUGUAGACAAUGCUGAGUUAAAUGACUCGGGAUAAGGCAGUAUCCUGGUAGGAGAUUUGAUGCUAAGGCUCUCCAAAGUGCUCUGCUCCAUUUUCAAGGGCAGUCGGUGCUCGAAACCUUCCCAAUCCUACUUUGCUGCAAAUGCAAGGAAUUCAAUUGAGAAAGAUCGGGAGGGCAUACAGGUUUGUUCUCUAAAUCAGAGGAUGCUUUGGGCCCAUAAAACAGGCCCUACGUUAGGGCUCCCCUUCUGCCACCAGGCAGGCCCACCCCAACCCAAACAUCUGUCUCACAGCCUUUCACAGAGAGCAGUUUUUAAAAAAAUGAUACAGUGGUGCCUCGCUAGACUAAUUUAAUUCGUUCCGCAGGUCAAUUCUUAUAACGAAAAAUUCGUCUAGCGAAUCCCAUAGGAAUGCAUUGAAUUUUUAUUUAUUUUUUAUUUUGCCCAUAGGAACGCAUUAAUUGGAUUUCGAUGCAUUCAUAUGGGAAACCGCAAUUCGCUAGACGAAUUUUUUGUAAAACGAAUUCGUCGAGUGAGGCAACCUCCACUCGAAAAAUCCUUUCGUUAAGCGAAAAAUUCGUCUUACAGGGCGUUCGUCUAGCGGGGCACCACUGUAUUUCCAGCUGACCAAAUGGCUGCAGGCAGCUCAAGUAAGGAAGUUGAAACUGCAAGGCAGCCCAGAUGCCACAGUGGGUAAGAUACCGUACGCGAGCAUCAACCACCACAUUUGGGUUUUGUCCCGUUUUCCUGUUGGUUCCCUUUAUCUGCCCUUUUGGAGACCAAAACCUUCAGCCGCCGUCAUUUUCAGUAUCUGUAGAAGCUGCAGGGGGUUUCGGUUGUUUUGUUAGCUGCUCAAAUGUGGAAAUAAUUUAUAGCUUGAUCUAACUUAAUAAUAAACCAAACUUCCUUUUUUAAAGGCAGAUAUUUUCCACAUUACCUCCUGGUUUAGAAACACAUACACACUCCCUCUGCAACACAGCGGUUCGUUUUUUGGGUAGGUGGAAAUACUGGCCAUUGUUAUUUUAAUCCUUUCACAAGAGCAUACAGUGGUACCUCGGUUUAUGAACACAAUUGGUUCCGGAAGUCUGUUCAUAAACUGAAGCGUUCAUAAACUGAAGCGAACUUUCCCAUUGAAAGUAAUGGAAAGUGGAUUAAUCCGUUCAAGAUGGUCCGCGGAGUAACUGUUCAUAAACUGAAGCAAACUUUUCCAUUGAAAGUAAUGGAAAGUGGAUUAAUCCGUUCCAGACGGGUCCGUGAAGUACUUAACUGAAGCGUUCAUAAACUGAAACAUGGGUGUAAUUGGUUCCGGAAGUCUGUUCAUAAACUGAAGCGUUCAUAAACUGAAGCGAACUUUCCCAUUAAAAGUAAUGGAAAGUGAAUUAAUCCGUUCCAGAUGGGUCCGCGGCGUUCAUAAACCGAAAAUUCAUAAACCGAGGUGUUCAUAAACCGAGGUUCCACUGUAUUCCAAAACAGACGGGAUUGCCCAUUUUUGUGGCCACCAAGAGGGGUUACAGGUGGAAGUGUAGGUAAAGUUCAAGCCUUUCAGAGCAUGGAAAUGAAGGGUCCGGUUUGCUAACUGCAAAUUGAAACCUUGGCAGCCCAAUGCAAUAAACUGCAAAGCCCUGUUGCUUUAAAUCAGCCUUGUGUCUCACUCUGGCUCUUCUGUAGCAGAAACUCCUGAUUGUUGUCCAUUUAAAGAACAGGAACACUGAUUUUUUCCCUCCGUGAAUGUUUUCCUUUUCUCAUGAUUGGGACUCCUGAACCCGCGAGAAAUGAUUUAAUUUGAGCCGAAGUGUUAAGUAGCAACCUAGGGCUCGAUUUGUGUUUUUGCUGCGGCUUGCUGGCUCCUUAUGUUUUCUUAAUGUGGAUUCUGAUGCAAGCGAGAGGGUGGAAACACCGCAGAUAUGUAGAAAUGUGUAAACUUGGAUUUGAAAAUUGAGAAGGGGUGUAUUUGCAAAUGAAGAGGGGCUUACACAUCCCUGCUACCCUGCCCACCUUUAACGUUGACAGUGUUAAUUUGAGCGUAGGCUCAACCCCACGACCUACUUUGUAUCUGAUUUCAGCCUUGGAAAAUGUGACGAUAGCAAUAAAAAGAGUGCCUCUGA